AUGUCUACACCAACUCCCACCAACUCCCCAACCAGCUCCCCCGCCAAGCGCGCACCGAGCUGCGGGCCAACACCGGCCAACUCACCCGCCACUUCGCCCAACAAGCCCAGCAGGGCGGUGGCGGCACCGACCCCCAGCAACUCCCCCACCCGGGACCCGGUGGCUCCUUCUAUCCCUUGGUCGCCGGCAGACCCCAAGCCCGGCCGGGUGGCACCGCCACCAUCGCCCAACACCUCGCCCGUCCGGCGACACAGGACCGCUCCCCCUCCCGCUCCACCUUCCCCCCCAGCGCUGCCGACAGCCCCCCAGCCCCGGGAGCGGGGCGUCAAGUCAGACGAGGCCAUCCGAAUGGCCAAGAGGCACUUUGGGGCGCAGUGGGAGGACACGACGGAGGAGCGCCAGCGCCGCAUCGAGGAGAAGAGGCACAGGCGUUGGCUCGGUGCUGCCGGCCGCCCCCUGGUGCCGGACAAGAGGCGCCGCAAUCAAGGGGACAGGCUGCUCCUGCGCCGCGCGGCGCUCGAGGGGUGGAAGCAGCAGAGGCUGCGGGAGGGUCCGGUUGACGAGAUCACGGCCAGGACGAGGCGACUCGAUCUGAUGGAAGAUUGA